UACUGUGGUCCGUCACAACAAUGACAACAAACAGUAUCCUCAGCAAUAAAUAAAAUUAUUUUAGGUUAGGUUAAGAGGUCGAUACUAACAAGGACAUCACUUGGACAGCUUUUAACGUCGGACCGUUCUGGUACCCAAAACUCAGCAUGUUGGACAGUGCCCAGUAAGAUCGCCUGCUAUUGCGGUAAGAUGAGCUUUACUAAAGGCAUGUAGUUCAGAACAUCUUCUGCAUUCUAGUCUAUCCUAAAAGGAUCAGGCAAUCGUAAAAAAGCUAGUCGUUGACUAGCAUCUACGAGGUACAUGCGAGAUCCACUGCUCCUGUUCUAGACUCCAAUGGAGGUACAACUCGGUCCCAAUCCGAUAAAAUCAGGGGAAGGGCACUCCUUCUGAUUUCAAGUAAGGAUAGACACCCUUUGAGUAGCUUUAAGCGAACAAUUAGCAAGCUCAGCGCUAGUAUUAUUGUUCUGCUUUUGGAGUAUAUGUCUACGAAGACCUUAAUAGCGGUAGUCCGGUAGCCUAAAGCUAAAAUUAGCGGAGAGCGCCUGAAAGAAAACACCCUCUCCAACCUUCCCUCUUAGCACUGACCCACUAACUUCCCCCGCAACUUUUCGCCAUUCGCAUAUCCCAUGUGAGCAGAGAAACAGCUGCCACCAGUGACCUCUGCGAUGCAUUGAUCAAAGUUUUCAGGAAGGUAGUUGAGGGAGGAGGGAGAUUCGGUGUGUUCUAGCUCGGAUCUCAUGAUAUAUACAACUUCUCUGAGACUCAGGGCGCACUUCGCAACAAUAUAUCCGCUGGCAAUGUCCAUGAUUGCUAUGUUUAAAAUUACAUUAACAACUCUUGUUGGUGUAGUCCGUAGAACACUGGGAAAUGCCGAAAAGAGCUGCUCUUUGAAACGUUAAAGCUUCUUAGCAAAUGUUAGAGGACAUUAUUGUCAUUCUCUAUUACAAAGAGUUUAUUUUCUUUAACAGAAAUAUAUUCAGUUAAGCACCGAGCUUCACAAAAUAUCAUAUGAUAUCGGACUACCUGAUUCCAUUUAGUAUUUUCGAAUACUCAAUAUUGAAUUCCAAAAAAACCUACUGGGUUCAUGUAGGUUAAAUUCAAUCAUAUACUUUUGCUGAAUUAAAAACUUCUAAAAAUUUUUCAUUUUGUCAAACAGUAAGAAAAUUAUUUUCACUCGAGCACAUACCGACCUAGAGCUUCCUUAAAAAAUAAAAAAAAAAGAAUGACUGUUUCUUAUAACGCCGAAGUAGCAUCCUGUCGCGGAUUUGGUUGCUUUCUCACGCUGUUAAGAAGAUGGCGCGGCAGCAUCUACAAGCUCAUUUGGCGUGAUUUGCUGGCCUUUCUGUUCAUUUACUAUGUACUCAACUUGAUUUAUCAAUUCGUUUUGAGUGACAGUGCACAGAGCAACUUCGAGAAUCUCGUGCACUACUGCAACAGUUACGGCUCACUCAUACCGCUCUCGUUCGUGCUCGGUUUCUAUGUAACAGUUGUGAUGCAACGCUGGUGGGAUCAAUAUAUGACCAUACCGUGGCCCGAUCCGAUAGCUGUCUUCGUGAGCGCCAACGUGCAUGGUCAGGAUGAGCGUGCACGCGUUAUGCGUCGCACCGUUAUGCGCUACGUGUGUCUUUGUCUCACCAUUGUGUUCACACAAAUCGCGCCACGCGUCAAGAAACGUUUUCCUACGCUCGACCAUCUAGUUGAAGCGGGUUUACUGUUGGAGAAUGAGAAGCUCGUCAUACAAGACUUAAAUGUUGCCUUUCCGAAGUACCCAAAAUAUUGGUUACCGAUCGUUUGGGCCGCUAGCAUUAUAACGCGCGCACGUAAGGAGGGACGCAUACGUGAUGAUUUCUCGGUGAAAACCAUUAUUGAUGCUUUAAAUACAUUUCGUGGCAACUGUGGCGUCUUGCUGUUCUAUGAUACCAUUUCGGUGCCGCUGGUGUACACGCAAGUCGUCACAUUGGCGGUGUAUACCUACUUCAUUUGCCAGGUGAUCGGCCAUCAGUGGACUAAGCAUGACAAUCAGAAUUAUGUGGAUCUCUACUUUCCAUUAUUCACCACUUUGCAAUUCUUCUUCUACAUGGGUUGGCUGAAAGUGGCCGAGACGCUGAUAAAUCCCUUUGGUGAGGAUGACGAUGACUUUGAGGUCAACUGGAUGAUUGAUCGCAAUCUACAAGUUUCCUAUCUCAUUGUCGACGAAAUGCAUCACGAGCAUCCCGAAUUGGUAAAGGAUCAGUAUUGGGAUGAAGUUUUCCCCAACGAACUUCCCUAUCAAGUGGAUAGCAAGCGCGAACAGCCACCGGUACAGUCCACCGCUAGAUUGGACUUCAACACCAACCAAACGGCGCUCUCACGAUCUGAGUCCAAAUAUGAUGGCAUGACCACCAGCACACGAAUUGAGGACCGUCCCACAGCGUCGUCUUCGCUCAGCCGCAUGACCGACACCAGUUUACGCUUUCGUACGGCUUUGCAAAGAUUUCUCUCACGCGAACCCAACGAAAAGGAGAGCAAUACAUCACAGCCAGAUGCCGAGAAGCAAACUUCUGCACAAACUAACGGUUCCGUGCAUUCGCUUAUCAAAUCGCCGACUACAAUACGACCUGCCGAGGCGUUGCACAUAAUCGAUGAGAAAAUUGAUGACAUGGAUGCUGAUAGAACACUAACCGAACACCCGGAGAUAUCACCGACCAAAGAUGUGCGCGAAAUAUUUCGUGGUGACGCUGAGGAGGGCAUACCACCGAGCAGCGUGGAGAGUAUCCGUAGGGAAAGUGUCACAUCGGCGCAAGUAACAUUUGAAGACGUGGAAGAGGAUGUCGAGGAGGAGGAGGAGCCCGAAGACGAAUUCGAACGUUUGCGUGAAGAGCGCGAACGUGAACGUUUCGAAAGGCAAAAACUGAAGUAUGCGCGCGGCAUUUCGGCUGCGACCAAUCUGAAUUUGGACGCUGAUUUGACAGGCGUGCCGGCUACGCAAUCGCCAACAGCGCGUGGCAUGCCGACGACUGAGGAAACCUUCAGUGUACAAUCUUUGACCAGGCAGAUGACAUCACCCAUGGCAAUUGGAACGGCACAACAGUCGCCACAACCACAACCGGAGCAACAAAAGGAUUCAACAACAAAGCGGAAGCCAAAGAGACAGCAGGAGCAUGAAGAUAAUGUUGAAGAGGAGCUCGACGAAGAGGAACAGGACGAAGAACGGAAGUAGCUGAAAGCAAGGCAAUUGCUCUGUAUGAUGAAAUUUUAUAGCCAUUUUCAGCGUUCUACAUAUUUAUAUGAAUUAUUUAUUUACUUUAUCUAUAUGAAUUAAUUUAUUACAUUACAAAAGCCUUUUCUAAUACUUUUACAUUCAUUAUAUUGCCAAAUUUUGCUGGCUUCCAUUAAAAUAAAUAAAACUUUGCAA